CAUGGACCCGACGAUGACGGCGACGCCAGCGGGCCGCCUCGAGACCGAACACUUGGACAUGAUCUACGACAUGAAGAUGGACUACCAUAGCAAGCGCAUUGCGACGUGCUCCGGCGACCGCUCUGUGCGCAUCUACGAGGCCAAGACCAAGGGCGACGCGACGACGCCGGGUGCGCUCAUCGCCUGCUUGCCGGUCCCGUGCGAUGGCCCCGUCUGGCGCAUGGCAUGGUCGCACCCCAAGUUCAACGUGCUCGCCGCCUCGACGCAGUGCGGUAAGAUCGUCUUCUUCCGCAACCGCGCGCCCGUGGCCGCGCCCGAGGACUGGGUCCAAUUCCACGUGCACACACCCCACACGUCGAGCAUCAACGCCAUCGACUUUGCGCCGCACGAGUAUGGUCUCAUGCUCGCGUCUGCCUCCGCCGACGGCACUGUCGCCGUCCUCACGAUGACGCGCGAGGGCUGGGUCACGACGUCGCACUUCCACGACAACGACGUCGGCUGCAUGGCGUUGAGCUGGGCGCCGUACAACUCGCUCGGCGGCCAGGGCCACAAGCGCCUCGUUGUUGGCGGUUGCGACUCGCUCGUCAAGAUUUGGACGCUCAGCGACGCCGACAGCUCGCGCACGUGGCAGCGGAUCGAAGAGCUGCCACCACUCCAUGGAGACUGGGUUCGGGACGUGCUCUGGGCGCCAAGCGCUGGCAUGCCAUGCAAUACGAUUGCGAGCUGCUCGGACGAUCACACGGUCGCUGUCUGGACGCAGUCGACGGCGGGUGGCCCGUGGUCGUCGGUGGUCCUCCCCACGUUCAAGUCGCCCGUGUUUCGACUGAGCUGGUCCAUCACGGGCAACAUCUUGAGCGUCGCUGCGGGCGAGGACCACGUGUCUCUAUGGAAGGAGUCGAACGGUACGUGGCGCCAGCUCUCGUCGCUGCAAGAAGGCAGCGCAAGCAUCAACCCGCCGACGCACAUGCAGUAAACGCAUCAUUGCAACACGGCUGUCCUA